GGCUGAGCUCUGGACCCUGACUGUCACAGCACUGCACAGCACCGCGGCCCGGAGGCCGGGCCAGGCCAGCUCCCUGCAGCAGUGACCCCAGUUUUCAGAGGUUAAUCCCAGAGAGGAGAAACCCAGCGAACGCACACCAAGUCCUCAGUGACCUUAACAGCAAUCCUCUGCCUUGAGCCACGAAAUCCACAGCUUUGCCACGGGAACUCACUUUUAAGCGCUGAAGCGCCUUAAAAAGAAACUCAGAGAGAGAUGCAGCAGACAACCAGCAGACAACCACCACGCAGCACGGCCGAGAGAGCUCCAGCGAUGGAUUAUUUUGAAUAAGUCCUCAGAGCAGGCAUUCCCAGCUGUAUGGGAGAGCCCCCCUCUCCCCGAGUGUUCCCCCUCUCCUGCGUGGUGCAGAACUAUUCCUGGGGGAAGGUGGGCCUGGAGAGCGAGGUGGCCAAGCUGGUGGCCAGCGGUGACCCCCUGGUCCAGAUCCAGCCUGACCAGCCCUACGCUGAGCUGUGGAUGGGCACACACCCCCGGGGCGAUGCCCUCAUCCGGGAUAACCGCAUCCCCCAAAAGACCCUGGGCCAGUGGAUUGCCGACAACCCCGCCUGCCUGGGGGCCAAGGUGAAGGACGCCUUCCAGGGACACCUGCCCUUCCUGUUCAAGGUGCUGUCUGUCAACACCGCCCUGUCCGUCCAGGCACACCCCAACAAGGAGCUGGCAGCGAAGCUCCACGCCCAGUUCCCCGAGCACUAUCCCGAUGCCAACCACAAGCCCGAAAUGGCCAUCGCCCUCACCCCCUUCGAGGGCAUGUGUGGCUUCCGGCCUGUGGAGGAGAUUGUCUCCUUCCUCCAGAAUGUCCCCGAGCUGCGGGCUCUGAUCGGGGAGGUGGCGGCGGAGCAGCUGGAGCGCAGCGGCAGUGACGACCCCCGCGGCGUCUCGGCCGCCCUCCGCGUCUGCUUCACCCGCCUCAUGAAGAGCGAGAAGAAGUUCUUCGUGGACCAGCUGAACAUGCUGGUGAAGAGGAUCUCCCAGGAAGCGGCAGAAGGGAAGGACACGGCAGGGAGCAACGGGGAGCUGCUGCUGCGGCUGCACUCCCAGUACCCGGGGGACAUCGGCUGCUUCACCAUUUAUUUCCUCAACCUGGUGAGGCUGGAGCCAGGGGAAGCCAUGUUCCUGGGAGCCAAUGAGCCCCACGCCUACCUGCACGGAGACUGUGUGGAGGUGAUGGCGUGCUCAGACAACACAGUGCGUGCCGGGCUGACGCCCAAAUUCAUCGAUGUGCUCACCUUGUGUGAGAUGCUCAACUACACACCAGCACCCAGCAGCUCCAAGAUCCUCCCGGCGGCACAGAGCCAGCUCGAUCCCCACGUCUACCUCUAUGACCCACCCGUGCCAGACUUCACCAUCAUGAGGAUAGAGAUCCCUGCCUCCAUCAAGCUGUACCUCAUCUCUGCCAUGGACUCUGCCAGCAUCUUGCUGGUGAUCCAAGGGACAGCCGUGGGCACCUCCACAGCGGCAGCCUCCGAGAUGUCCCUGCGCCGUGGCUCCGUGCUCUUCGUCUCAGCCAACGAGAGCAUCUCCCUGCACCUCUCCUCGCCCGACGGGAUGCUGCUCUUCCGAGCCUGCUGCCUCCUCUGAGCAGCGCCUGGGACGCUUCCUCCACGACACUCCAUGUUUGAGUAGAUAGAAACUGCUGUGGGCAAAGUCUUCUCGCUUGAAAGGUCUCCCUCCACCUAUUAAACCCCCAGACCAGCCCUGGUGGAUAGAAAGAGCAAUUCCGUGGAUCAACUCCUUGGAUGUGGCGCAGACCACAGGCUUUCUGGUGGGCUCUGCCCAAGCCUGGCAGAUGGCAGCCAGUGUCCCCCUUCCCUGGCUGUAAAAGGGGGCUGCCUGGGGGAUGAUGAAGUGGGAGAGCCUCUGCUGCUGUGAAUAAAGAGGUGACUUUGUCCCUGGUGAA